GUGAGGCGGCGGCGCGGGUGUGACUACCACAGGUCGAGGAUGAUAGCACUGAAGAGCUUGUGUGUGGCCGCCACGCUGCUACUGGUGGCCCCGAGUGCCUCCAGCGGGACUGAGGCCCUCGAGGAGCGCGAGUGUGAGGAACACCCUGUCAACAAGGACGUGGUGCAGCAGCUGGUGGCGUACACUGGCGCCACUCUCAGCCUGGUGCAGGAUAUCAAGGCUUCCUUCACUCCUCACUCACCCCACCUGCCACUGGCUGACGGGUGUGUGCGCCGGGACCUGCUGGCGGAACUACUGCUGGCGCUCUUCAACAAGCUGGAGGCGGAGCAGACGAGGCACUCCCUAGAGCUUGAGAGACUCAGCCAGCAGGUGAGCACCGCAGGUGGGUCACGCCAGGUGGUGGAUAAGAUCUUACAGUCCCGCCAACACCAGCUGCCCCUCUCCCCGCAGCUCCAACUGCUGCAAUCAGCACAGCCACUCCAGGUCACAUCAGCACAGCCACUCCAGGUCACAUCAGCACAGCCACUCCAGGUCACAUCAGCACAGCCACUCCAGGUCACAUCAGCACAGCCACUCCAGGUCACAUCAGCACAACCACUCCAGGUCAAAUCACAUCGCCGGGACUCGAACUGCAACUCUUCUGCUGACCGGCCUGUCGACUGUCACGACCUGCUGCAGGCUGGCUACAACCAGAGUGGAGUCUACCAGCUGUAUCCCUACAGAUGUGAGCGGGAUGAGGAGGAGGUGAGGGCGUGGUGCGACCUGGAGGGCGAGAGGGGCGGGUGGACGGUGGUCCUGGCUCGCCGCAAGGUGCCUGAGCAAGUCAACUUCAACCGUGGGUGGCGAGAAUACAGGGAGGGCUUCGGCGACCCACAAACUGAGUAUUGGAUAGGUAACAGGGUGCUGCACGAGCUGACCUCCAGGCGACCCCAGGUGCUGAGGGUGGAGCUCGAGGACUGGGAUGAGCAGUCGAGGUGGGCCGAGUACCAAAGCUUCUUGGUGGAGGAGGAGGACAGCCUCUUCCGCAUUCACCUCUCUCAGUACACUGGCAACGCCGGAGACGCCAUGAAGUCCCACGACAACAUGUACUUCACCACCUCUGACAGGGACAACGAUAGCCAUAUUUCAGGUUCAACGAACUGCGCUGUUAGCUACCAUGGUGGUUUUUGGUACCACGGGUGUCACACCGCCAGUCCCACCAGCCUCUUCCUGGAGAAGCAGAAGAGUACCAAAGGUCUUACCUGGAAUACCUGGUACUCAGACAGGACCACCCUGAAGGCAGUCACCUUCAAGAUCAGACCCAAGACUUGUUCCACGUGAUCUCCGGCCUCGGGUCAGUUGACGGUACGAAUAAGGUAACUGACCCGGGUCAGCUGGAGCCAGCUUCCUGGUGGGUGUUGUCAUGUAGAUAGAAAAUAUAGUUAUAAAGAAACAA